AAUCUCAACAACUCGACUAAAAUAAUCUCAUAUCUUGAUUUACAAAAGCCCAUCUUCAAGAUCCAAUUUUUAUCCCAUAUUCCCCCCAAAAAAGAUGUUUUCCCAUUUUUUAGAAACCCUAAAACUCCAACCUUUAUGGUUAAAUUUAAUCUUUUUGUUAGGAUUUGUAUCAUUUUUCAAGACUUCAACAUCAAUCUUGAAGUGGGUCUAUGUUAAUUUUUUCAGACCUGCAAAGAAUUUGAAAAAGUAUGGAUCUUGGGCCCUUGUGACUGGGUCAACUGAUGGCAUUGGUAAAGCAUUUGCUUUUGAGUUAGCCAAAAAAGACCUAAACUUGAUCCUAGUAGGAAGAAACCCAAGUAAAUUAGAUGAUGUUUCAAAUGAGAUUUCAUCAAAAUUCCCAAAAAUCCAAGUCAAGAAAGUGGUUUUUGAUCUUUCUAGUGAUGACAUGUCACAAGGAAUCAAGAAAAUUAGUGAAGAAAUUGAAGGUUUAGAUGUUGGGAUAUUGAUAAAUAAUGCAGGGGUUUCAUAUCCAUAUGCAAGGUUUUUUCAUGAAGUUGAUGAUGAAUUGUUGAAUAAUUUAAUUAAAGUUAAUAUUGAAGGGACUACUAAAAUUACACAAACUGUGUUACCUGGUAUGCUUAAAAGAAAAAAAGGUGCAAUUGUUAAUAUUGGUUCUGGUGCUGCUAUUAUUAUCCCAGCUGAUCCCCUAUAUGCUGUUUAUGCUGCUUCUAAAGCGUAUAUUGAUCAGUUUUCAAAGUGUCUGUAUGUUGAGUACAAGAACAGCGGCAUUGAUGUGCAGUGUCAGGUCCCAUUAUACGUAGCAACAAAGAUGGCAUCAAUCAGGAGGUCAUCCUUUUUUGUACCAUCGGCAACCGGAUAUGCAAAAGCAGGGUUAAGGUGGUUAGGGCACGAGCCUCGUUGCACGCCUUACUGGCCCCACUCCCUCAUCUGGGCUUUGCUUUACUCGUUGCCAGAGGCUGCAGUUGAUGCUUGGCGUUACAACUUCUGCCUCAAAAUCCGAAAGAGGGGGCAGCUUAAGGAUUCUAGGAAGAAAGAGUGAUCUCAUUUGCUCUGUUUUUCUUUACUGAAAUGUUAGCAGUGAAUUCUGUUUGAUUUGUUGUGCUAUUAUAGCAUGUAGAAUGGAGAUGAAUCUGUGGUUCAAGUUUCAGAUGUUUUAUAUAAUCAGGUUACAUACUUUUAUUUUUUCA